GCAGGGGCGAACCUUGAGGCCCUGAACCCUGGCAUGCCCAACCCUGAGACGCAAAACCCUGGCCGCCGUUUUUGCCUGCAAAACCCUGAGAACUGGAUCCUGACACUUGUGCCCAUUUUUGCAAACCCUGAGAUGCCAAACCCUGACCCGGCCGCGAUUUAGCCCUCCCUGGCAACCCUGAGAUUCCUCGGCUUUGCCCUUAAACCUCUGAGAGUCUUGGCCCUGGUUUUUGUGCCCCUUGUGGUUCUCCUUGCUCGCUCUUAAAGCCCUGACGUCAGACCUCGGCUUUUGUCGCUCAUUAAUAAAGAUAGAAUAGAAAGAAGUUUGGCAGACUACUUCAGUUUCGCAGAAGCUAGGGUCGCUCCUCGAGUUCUACUACUCUCUGUUGAGCAUAGCUGUACGUAGCAGAGUACUAAUACACGUUGUAACAACGAAAGAGGCCAUCGGGCUUUAUCCAAGUCGAAAUGUUGAGACUUCUCCAAGCCGGCGCCGCCCUUGGUCGCGGUAACACAAAGCCUUCGCCGAGCGCCAUCGCCGUCCCGAAUCUGAAGGAGAGGGUUGAAAUCUGGAAGGCGUAUAUGGAGAAAUUGGCGACAGAGAUUGAGCCAGCGUGGAGACGCAAUGACGAUCCCAGCCUGUAUACAAAACAACUGAAUGUGGACCAGGAGAAGAUGCAAAAGUGGAAGUUUAAGGCGGAUGCUGCGCCUCCGUCAACGGAUGACUUUCAGUGGAUGCGUUAUGUUUAUGAACAGAAAAUCAUUACUCACCUUCAGACCUCAGUAUUCUAGGCAGCUCGUCACGUAGAAGCAGGUGUCUAGAAGUUUUUUUGUUCAUAUUUCACCACUUUCCUCUCAUACCCUGGCCGGAUUUUCGGAAGUCGUUCACGGAGAGCUUGGAUCGGGAGGAGCCAUGUAUCGCUUCGAGACGCCCAUCAACGACGAGUCCAUCACGUCUGGCGAGGGAAGCAAGCUGGUCCAACGUCAUUACUACUACCUCACAACAGAUGGCAUCUUCUACCUGCAAAACAACAACGAAAAAUGGCUUGGUGAAGAGAACAUCAAGCCCAACGCCGCAGCGUGGAAUCGCUUCGAGAUUGAGACGCUCAAUCUGGUGGUCACAGUGGACGAAGCGCCAGUACACGCACCCGCAGAGCAGAAGUGGCAAUUCCUGUUUAUGUCAUGACUAUAUCAAUGCAUAUGUAUAUUACUAGCUUGUUUUGUCAUUGGAUGCGGAGCUCAACAUUCCAGGGUCGCACGAGUUUACAGCGGAUGCACUUUUCUAGAAUAGAGCACGACAUCGGUUCUGAAUUUGCCUUAGCCCUCCUACUACUUGGUGAAAUGGACCGAAGAGAUUAACCUUAGUCUUCCGGGGUAGCGAUAUUCCUUUUUCUCCCAGUAGCUAUUUCGAUUUUGCAAAAUUCGGCGUCGCGCCUCCCCUUGCUUCUCUUUUUCCCCUUUGAUACCAGGAUCAGACCCUCAACGAAAGUCUGAGUUUUUCGGCAAUAAAUAAGAUAGUAGCGCGAUUCAUUAUACCACGAGACGGCGCAAAGGAGAUGCUCGAAACAGCCAUGUUGCCCAAAUCGGUUCCGGCUGUUCCAGUUCGGAAGAAAAAUCAGGGCGGAGGCGCAUCCAAACAGGAACAGGAAAAUGUGGAAACACGGAAGAAAAUCAACGAGCUGAGCGCGAAGUACCUAUGGCCCCAAGAGGUUUUCCCUCCGUCUUCCCAGACGGCGGAUGCGCCGGUUGGUAAAGUAUCGAUGGCUCUGCAGUGGAAAGCGUGGAUGCUGUAUCUGAAUGGAAGGGUGAGCGGACCUUUGUUGAACGUGGACCCGAAGACGACAGCAAAGUGGAGCUUCGCGCCCGAAAGGGUGCCUCCCACCGGCUAUAAUUGGAUCCGUUAUGAUCACAAAGUUAGUACUUACUCUGAAGAAAGCCUUCGUUAAUAUACCAUCCAGAACUAGCUUAUCCCUUUAGUAUAUUGAGUACCUCCUCCCUUUCAUCUCAGCGCUGAUAAUGCUGCUGAAGGCAAGGGCUGGGUCCACCGCGCGGGAGAGGAGUUGGCACCGGGAGGGACGAUGUAUCGCUUCGAGUGGAAAAACAAUGCUGGGCACGUCUACUUCUAUACCUGUUCGAGGCAGAAAAAUGUGUACUAUCUGGACGCUGCCGGGGAAGAGUUGCUGCCGUUGAGUGGCGCGGCGGACUCAGGAACGACGAGUGAGCGGCACAGUCGGCACGGUCUCGACCCUUACCUAGUGUGGGGCCCCCAUAGUCAUCUGAUUACGCCAUCACUUCUUGAUAUAUGCAAUGGACAAUUCUUGGAAACUGGUCCCAUCAUGUCGACGUGCUAGUUUUAUAGCAUGCAGGUUGUACUAGCACAAGCCUAGCACUAACAGACACCUUAAAGGCCUUUCGUGAUUAUUCGCCCGUUCUCAUGCAUCAUGGAUGUGAAAACGAAGAAAUAGAGGUAAUCGCAUCUGCGUCGCAGAUUAUCUGUUUUCUUUCCUUAGUUUCCCCCUGUAGCGGUCUAUCCUUUUCCCGUCCAGAAACUCAUGUGCAAGACAGUAUUAGUGUCGUGAAACCGUUCAUAAAUGCAGAAGACGAGUUUACGCGUGUGUCUGGUGUCCAGGUGAACACAAGUCCGCCGAUACGCGUGCCGUGGCCGAAAGGGUUUUCAGCUGCAUCGAGUGACGAAACGAAGGGUAAAACCUGGGAAAACCAUAUGAGGAAUUUGGCGAACGAACUGGAGCCAGCGUACGUGACGGAGGGGUUUGACGGUGUGCAAAAGAACUGGCUGAACGUUGACCAGAGUGCCAUGAAAAAGUGGGAGUUUACGUCCCGGCCACCGAACGGUGUGGCAUUCGACGUGUAUGGACGGACAAUCAUUACUCAUACUCACUAUUCUAGGUGCGUGGUCAUGUAAGAGAGUGCGCAGGCGGAAACUCUUCGAGUAUGUGUAACGAUGUUCCUGUCAUACUUCUCUAACUACUAGAUAACCCCAAGCAUAUCACACAACCUCGCGACGGGUCGCCCGAAGCUCCUUGCACGAUGUACCGCUUUCGGCGUAAGACGUCUCCAAACGGCCCUCAAGGCAGCCACGAGUACCGCAGCUACUCGCCCAUCCGCAACGACUACUACUACCACUACUACUACUACUACUUUUGCCCUACCGAAGAUAGCAUCUUACGCCUGCGUCGUCGGUCUACGGGCUCAUACAAUAGCAAUGACUGGGACCUUUUCGAGAGUCACUAUCUCGCAGACAAGAAUGGCGUCAAGACGGUAAGCGCCUCGGUGAAAUGGCAAAGCGUUGGUGUUAUGUCAAAACAUCUGUUCCCUAAUCUCUGCAAUUGCUGAUCUAUGCAGGCUACGAGCUGCCAUUACUUCGUGUGGAUGGUAUCAGAUAACGUUCCUAGAAAUGUUAAUGGUCCUAUAGGUUUUUCCUUUGUGCGAAGACGCAUUUCUCCCGUUUCAGGGAUAUAGCUCAAUUGUCGGUAAGUCGAGGUAUUAGUCAUCAAAGUUAGUAGGGUGAUCAUUCAUUAGGCGCUUUUGGUAUCCGUGGCCAGAUGAGGUUGACCAUGGGGUUUCAGAGGGAGGAACCAGUAGCAGCUUCUUCCAGAACGUGGCCGCAGAUUCGCACUUCAAUCAGCCGGUGCUUCCUUUUGGUUUCGAUGUGGCGCAAGUUGGUCUCGCUGCCUUUUUUUAUGGCUUCAAGCUUUUCGCUCCCACACGCCAUAGCUGGCGUGCUUGGAGAUAACAGCCGCCAACUAUUGAGGGGUACUCUUCAGUGCGAAAGUCUGAUGCUGGCUCUAACUUUCGGCUGCCUUGGUUCUGCUCGCGUGCCUCCUCUGGUUCAUCCGCUUCCGCUACUGCUCCGCAGGAGCCGCUUCCGAGCCAGAAUCUACGGUAUGUGCAUCUUACUUGAAGCAGACAACUGCUUCAACUAAGCCCCUCUUCAAUGCCGACUACUAACAAACCCAUAUCUUCAAGAUCAGUCCGCACCUCCAAUCUUCAGCAUAGAGAAUACCCACGCCAAAUCUUCAACAUCCAGCCCGCCCCCAUACUUUCUUUACCAAAAAACAAACAGGUGGGCGAUUUGAAGCUCGAGAAUUCUGCGGGAUGGAACUUGGGUCUCUUAUUGAAGCGCUGCUGCUGCUGCUCUGCACGCUCAUCCGUCUCCGAACAAAAAUCUUUGGUAUAUGUUUUUUUACUUGCGUGCAUGUUAGCUCCUCUCCGAUGUCGAUCUCUAGUUUGAUAAAAAAUCUUCAGCAUCAAUACCCAUCGCGAAAAAUAUCCAACCUCGAUGCCCCCCCUUCUCAUACUUUCUUCGACAAAAAAACAAACAGGUGUGCAACUUGAAGACAGAGGGCAACGAAGGAUGGAAAUAUGACGAGAUGUUGAAAAAAGCGACAAGUCUCGAUUGGCAUGGUGCCGAGGAGCGGCGCGAUCCGAAGGCCAACACGGGAUGGAAAUAUGACAAAACCAAGAACGCCAAAGCUUCGAGUUUGGAUUCGUAUGGUGCGACGUGGAAAGCCUCUGACGGGUGUGAAAACAUCCCUGAAGAGGUGUAG